GUGAGCAAGAACUUCUUAAGGCUUCUAAUGAUUAGAUGGUCAGGUGAGCACGAUUAAAGUUUUAGUUAAAAUCUUCAGAAAUGUAGAUCUCCAGGAACGGGGCUAGUGACCAGUGCUCUAGAGACUAUCGUGAGUGAAAAUCUCAGAAGAUCAACAGUUCCUGGAAUCCUCAAACCGGCCCACUUGGCACCAACAACCACACCAAGGUCAGUGUUAAUGAGAUCCCAUUUUGAAGCUUGACCUGGAUAUAUAAAGACAUACAUAGAGAGUAUAGUGGCUCUGUUAUGCUGUGGGGCGUUUAUUUCUUUUUUAUGGAAUAGGGUCUACUUGUCCUUUCCUUAGACAGAAGGGUCACAAAUCGAUACCUUGUUUCAUUGUUUGUUUGCUAGCUACAGUACAGUAGACAUCUCUGCUUUUCAUUAUGGUGAAGGAAUAGUGUGUUGUCCAGUGACCUCCCUGGUUCAAGCAGAGUCUUGACUCCCAGUCAUGAACCAUUAGCACUCGAACCACCACUAGAUGUCAGCUUUUCAUAACAAAUCCCACCCAGCCCCUCCAAGCUUCCUAAACAUCAUGAGGCAAGGAGAGGCUGCAACCAUAAAACAGCUGGACGCCGCAUCUGUGCACGCAUCAGCCGCAGAAGAAGAUUUCUCUCCUCUGUUCAUCGGGUGAGGCAAGCUCGUGUGUUUUUUUAAUCACUGUUAUUAUUUUAGAGGUAAAUAAAGAUCUGUUAGAGAGGAAUGCUGACAAGGAUUCUGAUUGAUAUGAUCCUGACACACUCGCCAGCCACCAGAGGCUUCUUGUGAAGGCUUGUAUUCGACUUGGACUCCAUAUCACUUGCAAAAACACGCACAAUGCCUGAGAUGACAAAAUAUAACCUGGUGGAUGACAGUGAUGACAGCUUCCAGUGCGGCAUCGCGUUCCAGGUGAAGUUUAUUGGCACUUUGGAUAUUGUGCGUCCCCAAAGCAGGCUGGACAUCCUGGCAGCCAUGAGAAGGGUCCGGUAUGAGUUCAAAGUGAAGAACAUCAAGAAGAUGAAAGUCAGCCUGGUCGUUGCGGUGGAUGGUGUCAAAGUGGUGUUGCAUAAGAAAAAAAAGAAAAAUGCAUACAGCUGGGAUGAAAGUCAUGUAACAUUGGCACAGGAUCCCAUUUACAGAAUAUUCUAUGUCUCCCAUGACUCACAAGACCUUAAAAUCUUCAGUUAUAUUGCAAAAGAUAAGAAGAGCAAUGUGUUCCGCUGCAACGUGUUCAAAUCCAAGAGAAAGAGUCAAGCUAUGAGAAUUGUGCAGACAGUUGGCCAGGCAUUUGAGGUUUGUCAUAAACAGAGCAUGGACACUGUGGACGAAUGGUUGGUGAAGUGCGAGGAGGAGAGAGGACAGGAGGAGGACACUCCAGAUGCUGAUACCAACCCAGAGGAGACAAUGCAGAAGACAGAUGUAAAGAGCUCUGAAGAUGCCAUGGUGGAAAUAGAGCCAUCAGGACUGCUGUCUCCGGUCCCAGAGCGCCUGUCACUGAACCACCGGGUCCAGCUCCUGAAGAAACAGCUCAAACAGCAGGAACAGAAAAGCCAGGCUGCUUCAUCACAGGCUGCCCUGCUCCAGCAGCAGCUAUGUUUGGAGACGCGGGCAAGGACAGAGGCUCAGGUUCGAGCUCAGCAGCUCCUGCAGCAGAACGGCGAGCUCCUUCAGCAUCUCUCCAUGCUGAUCAAACACAUUCAGGAGCUGGAGCUCCGCACACACUCGUGCUCCUCCACCAUGGGAUCUCAGGACAGCCUGUUGGAGAUCGCCCUGAGAGACAACGUUCCUCGCUUCUCCCCCUUGAAGAAGCCUAACGUGGUGCGUCUGGAUCCGUUCGGCUUCUUUCCAGAGCCGUCGGACAGUGAAAAGAAGCCAGAGCAGGACCGGGAUUCAGGCCAGGGUCCAGACGAAGAGCAAAGUGAGAGUUCUCCUACCGAGGCUCACUUCUUCUGCACGUUGGAGAUUCCUGGGUUCAGGGAAUCGGGUAUCGCAUCCGGAUACGAAUCCAAUACGGACGAGAGUGAUGAUAGGGAGAGCUGGGGCCAAUAAGCAAUUGAGUAUUGAAGAUCUGUAAGCAGUGCUGGAGAUGCAAUUAAGCUCCUGAUGUUUGAGAGUUAUGAGAGUAUGGAUUCAAUUCAAUUCAAAUGGAGAUUAGGAGUGAUGCGGCCAGUAACUAAGAAGAAUAAUUAAGAGAUAAACUUUGUGUUGGAGGGACUGUUUUUGGAUGAGGGUGAUGAAAUUAUGAAUGACACAGUCCCAGUAUACACUAUGUUCCUACUGAAGUUCAUUUUAGAGUAUAUUACUUGUGGAAAUAAUCAUCCGUCUGUAAUGCACUGUAGCAUUAAUUUAGCAAGAAUGAACAAACGCAUACAUGCCCUUUAAAAAACAUUAUGAAUUUGAAUAAUUGAUAAAGAAUUAUCAAGAUGAGGAGAGACGAUCAGGAGAGGUCAGGGGCAGGAAGAAGUUAGGAAGCAAAUAUUCUUUUAUAACUCUUUUAACAAGACCUGCUUGCUCAACUGUUAUCGUAGAUACUCAAAGCACUGUGCUCAUCCGGCAUCAUCACUGUGUGACAGAAAACAAAACAAGAAGACAAUGGAUAAUAGUCAUGUGAUCAUUUAAAGCUUUUGGUCUGACUCUGCUGUUACUGUGAUGCUAAUAUGCUGAGCUUCCAUGAUGUCUACAAUGGACCUGUACUUGCACUACUUGCACUGUGUGAAUUUUGUUCCGCUUGAAUGUAAGACACGCAUUCAUCACAUCUGGCAUUUCUGCAUCUGUAUGGUAUGAAAAAUCAGUUUUACCCAUUUGGCCAAAAAACGGCACAGGUUUAUUGUGCAUAUCCACAGGAUCCACGGACAAUUCAAGAAAUCCUGGGACUUAUAAAUACAAGGCUA